AUGUCUUUUCCCGGGGGAAUUCCGGGAACAGACCUUUCAGGCGUGUGGCUUGGCCUACUGCACGACCACGGGACGCAGGCGGGAAAACAAAAUAAAGGCACAAAUCGCGUCCUCGGCAUCGUCGCCGGGAGUUGGCCAGCUCCACUCUCCUCUCCAUCUCCUCCGCGGAGGGGCAAAGAGGAAAGAGUUAGUCAAGAGGCGCCCAACGAGGGCGCAAUUCCCGGCACGGUUCGGUCCACGAGCAGCACAGAAGCGGAUCCCGCAAACUACGGUGAGGCUGUUCCGAGUCCCCAGUUUCAUGUUGGCCUAAAGGGACCCCCCCCCCCUCCCCGCCAGUCUCAGAAGAUCAGGACGGACCGAGAGGCCGAACUCCAUCCCCAUCGUCUGUCGUUUCUGCAGAGAGGGUCGGCUGCAGGACUGCAAUCCAGAAUUGCCCCUCGGGAACCAUGGCUCAACCAGUCCCGCGUAUCCGGAUUUCAUGCCCCGGAGGCCACAAAAGGGCCGCUCGAGCUUGGUCCCGAUAUCGCCAAUCCCCAGUUGCCGACCACGCGUCCCCGCCAGUAA